AUGCACCUUCUCGGGACUCAAACAAAAACUAUAAAAACUUAUGGAAAAAAAUCUAAUGAACGUGUCAUUCUCGUUAACAAGUUACGCAGUCCUCUUACGCCAAAGAAUUUAAAUAAAAAUAGAAAUGAAAAGCAUGAGAAACUAAAAGUAUCGGUGUAUCCUUCUCCGACAAGAGAUCGGAAUAGGCCUCCAACUCCAUUCAAUGAUACCAAAGAAAAUUCACCUCUUGUUGUUCCCGAAAUAGAUCAUAGGAUUGAAUUUUUAUCUAGAGAAAUACAAGAAAUACAACUUGACAAAUCUGAGAGUAGCUUAAAGCCGCAAUACAAAAAUGAUAUUUAUCAAUCAAAUAACACACAUGAUGAUAUUGAAGCUUCAAUGAAAAAGAUUUCUAAGAUCGAAAGUUCUCUUUACAAUAAUAAGGUGUAUGAAUCAGAAAUAAUGGAGUUGCUAACGAUAUGCGAACAAACGCGAGUUUAUUCUUUUCAGGAAUUUUUAGGAUUAGAUGGAAUGAAAAACGUGAUUAAAAUCGGAGAAGCUAGUUUUUCAGAGGUAUUCGCAGGUUAUGCACCAAAAUUCACUUCAGUAAAAAAAAAGUGUGUCUUCAAGAUUAUACCAUUUGGACGCGGACCAGAAGUCUUAGUAAAUGGCGACGAACAAUGUAGCAUAAAGGACAUAACCCAAGAAGUUAAAAUAACACGCGAAUUAGGGGGGAGGACUGGACUUGACCCUUUACUGAGGGUCGGUUUCUUGCAGUUAUACAGUGUCGGUAUAUGUCGCGGUAAAUAUCCUACAGAAUUACUUGAUGAAUGGAAUAGAUGGGAUACAGAGUUUAAUUCAGAGAACGAUCGUCCAGACUAUUUCGAUGCCAAACAACUAUUUGUGAUAUUUGUUGUUGAGCAUGGAGGAAUUUCUCUUGAAGAUUUUAAGCUAAAGAAUUGGGAACAAGCCUGGAGUCUACUUACUCAAGUUGGAUGGGCUUUAGCUCAAGCCGAGCAGCACAGGGAUCUACAUUGGGGUAAUAUUACAAUAAAACCCACGAAAAAUAAGGUUGUAACAUAUGAAUUACCCUCAGCGGAAAUCAAUGUGCAAGUUCCUACAUAUGGUAUACGCGCUUUUAUAAUUGAUUAUACAUUGUCUCGUAUGCAACGCGGAGAUGAAAUUAUUCAUGUUGAUAUUUUAGAUGAAGGGUAUUUUACAGCCCAAGGUGAUUAUCAGUUCGAAAUUUAUCGCAUGAUGCGUGAAGAGACCAAGGGUAAUUGGAAGUCAUUUUGCCCAAAGACGAAUGUAUUUUGGUUGCAUUAUCUUGCGGAUAAACUCUUGACUUCUAAAAAGUUACCAAAACCAAGGAAAACCAAUGAACAAUACCAAUAUUUCGAUGCAAUUGGUCGGUUCAAGAAACGUGCGUUACAUAAAGGAGGUUACAAAAGCGCGAUUGACGCGAUGAAAAAUGACGACUUCUGGCAAAUAUAG